AUGGCGGCGUCCUCAUCCGCAGGACGCGUUUUGACUCUUUGCAAGCAGUUUCAAAAUGUUUUUAGGAUAUCCUCGUCGAUUAAUACUCAGCACUGUACUGCUACUUUGACCAGAUAUCAGCCUCGUCUUUACAGGGAGACGUCUCCACUCGCUGCCCUGUCUUGUUACAGUCCCACCAGCCCUGUGGGUCAGUGUCGAGCCCUGCACACGACCGUCUGCAGAAGAGGACUGGAAGAGUUCUUUGACCUCCCUGAGAACUGGGGACAGUCCGACGUGAAGUCAGGUGCACCAUGGACUGCCAAACAGCUGAGAACAAAGAGCAAUGAAGAUUUACACAAACUCUGGUAUGUGCUGCUGAAAGAGAAGAACAUGCUGCUCACACUUCAGCAGGAGUCACGAAGGCAAAAGGUUCUGAUGCCGAGUCCAGAAAGAAUAAGGAAGGUUGAGCGGUCGCUGAUCAGACUGGAAACGGUUGUAAACGAAAGAGAGACUGCAUUGCGCGUGCUGCAGACAGGACAGGAGAAAGGCAGACCGGGAACUUGGAGGAAGAACGUAUUUGGAUACACCUACUGGUAUCGAUUCAAAGAAUAUGCCAUUCCUUGGUACAUGAACAAAAGGUACAAGCGAAAGAGGUUCUACACACCCAAGUUUGUCCAACCACACAUCAGGCUGCGCAUUGAGAAGGCGCUUCGAGAGAGGGCCAGGAAAGCAAGGUUAGAGAAGGAAACUCAGGCCAAACUCGAGGAGAAGUUUCCUCAUAUGAAAGUUUCUGCAUCAUGAAAUUUAAAGGGCAGAUUUUACAGUGAAAGAGUUUUUGACAUCGGUCCAAAUACAAGGCCUUCUCAGCAUUUUAUCUGUUGAGUUAAUAUGAGUACUCGUCUGAAUCAGCUCAUGUCAGAUAACUGAAGGUGGCCUGAAACUGUUGUCCUUUGUUGAUUAUGACUGUAUUUGUUCAGCUGUUAUUUGAUCCUAUAAGAUAAAUUAAUGCUACACCAUCCUGAAAUGUUGUGGCCACUGUUUUCAUACUUAAUAUUAAAACUCACAUUAUGACUGGA